AUGGCGCCGGUGUCUGAUAGCAACUAUUUUCCCUCCCUGGGGCAGUGCCUCUCCGGGGACAAGGUGCUUCUGUCGUGGAAGCUUGUCGCCACAGCUCUCUCGGACAGCACGGGGGAACGACAGAAGAGCUCUGCGAUUGUUCGAUUCUUCGACGACGACUAUGUCCGCGGCCUGCUGAGCGAACCUGCGACCGCGUUUGCGCCGCCGGACGAGGCCACGAGCAAGAGCUUCGAGACCAAGACGGCCCCAAUCAACGUCACCUCCGCGUCGACAGAUCGAUACGACAUUAACCAGUUCAAAGAGGACGCAAAGUGGCUCAGCAACAACGCCAAGGUCAACCUGGUCGCUGCUCUGCGGGUCGUCCUCGUCGAGUACCAGUCCCGCUCUUCGAGGCAUCUUCUCGGCCCUCUAUCGUCCCACGAUGCCGCCAACCUGCAGGAAGCCGCGGGCCUGCAAAAUGGCCAGGGAUUGGCGUUCCUGUCAGACUUGGGAGCUGCAGCAGCGUUGGAUGCCGACGAGAUCUCCGCCGAAUUCGACAAGGCCGACUCGAGAAGGCGUCGUUUGUUCGAUACCUUCUUGACCGAGCGUCGCUUCUUCAUAAUGGUCGCGGACUAUGCCACGUCCAUCAAGCUGUAUCGGCGUCUCCCCAUCUUUGCUCCUGGAGACGACAGCAUCGCCGAUUUGUACAAGUUGAAGAUGUCUGCUCAGCCACGCGACGAGAUGGAGGCGAUGCUGCCGGCCUAUCUGGACGUCGUCACCAGCUGCAUGAGCGGGAUCGAGGCCGGCAUGAAGGCAUUUACGGACGAAGCAGUGCUGCUCAACGACGAAGUAGAGUUGGAAUGGCUACGCAGCUUACUGACCGAGAUCGUACACAGCUUGUCUGUGGUUCUCCAGCUGGUAGACUGUUAUGGUAGCGAUUUCCCUCCGUCCUCAGUGAUCAACCAGUGGUUUUCACUAAUGGAGAUAUACGGCUUUUUCGAUUCCAUACAGCCCAUCAACCAAAUCACUGCCGAGCUGGUCAUGCCAAUGAAGGUCCUGUCCUCAGCCAUCUCCAUUGGCCUGCUCAAGCCUGCACGAGCACUCUCAUACCUGUCCGAUCGAGACGAAGAUCCAGCACAGGCUGACGAUGUCUACGAUUCGUAUCUGCUCUCGCCUGAUGUCUUGGAACAGGUUCACAAAAGCAUCUUGGACGCGGCCGGCUCAGACUCGGAGACUGCCUGCCCCGUCAUCUUCACAUGGUCCUUUCUGCUCCACCGACUCAACGUGUCCUACCAGACCAGGACCGAUAAGCGUGACAACCUGAUACAGCAAAGCGCCCGAGAAAAGUUCGAGACGCGAAGCGUGAUGCGCACACCUACUGGACGGCGAAAUUCAGCUGGAAGUAUCUACUCCAUCGAGUCUUCCAAGUUUGAUGGCUUUCUCGAGAACGCAUCGAGUCCGAGGGACAUGCAGGUUGUCGAGCAACUUGCGGCAGUCGCCACUGCUCAGGGCAGGGUCUUUGACAUUAUGUCAAAGAUGGCUGAGACCUUGGGCCCGUCUGUGGACGGCAGCUUGUCGCCCCUGAUCAGCUCGCGCCUUCGCGUCGUUUUCCUGGAGCUCCUCAAGGUAUCAUAUCCAUUCGUCGGUUACCAGUCAGAUUCCGUGAGCUGUUUGCACGCCCUUCUAUCUCCUGGCCGAGACUACUGGGACCUAUCCGCGUCAGAAAACAUGCCCGUAGCCCAGGACAUUCUCAGCUCUAUGCUACGAGACGACCUGGCCAUGGAUUUCUUUUUCCAGCAAGCCCAGGAUCGAUACCCAUACGAGUUCCUUCCUUUCAUCACGCUCUGCCGUAUACUUUGUACUGCAUCGCAAGAGAGCCCGGAUGAAAGGACGGAUAUGAUUCUCGACCUGCUCCUCAAGACUCCGACCAUCACCUUUACACUCCCGAACCUGUUCCAAGGAUACGAGCUGGUUCAAGAAGAUGAAAACACAAACUCCUUCUGCCUCGUGGAGGAAGUCCCUCUGAUUUCUCUUUCAUCCUCGUGGAGCCGGCGUUACAUCGAGGAUGACGCUUACAGAAUACCUGUGGGCACCUACGGGCGAUUUAUUACAGACACUGGGCGCGUUGUCCUGAUGGACUAUCCCCACUCGACUUUGGCUCUUCUCGGUCGGCGACUUGAGGUCAGCCUCUCUCAAGAAGGCUAUCGUUGCGAGCUGGGAAUGUUGCAACCGGAAGAGACGGCCGAAGUGAUUCUGUUAUUAGCGUCGCUCCUGCGAAUGGAGCAGCUCAAGGUGACAAGGCAGGGCAGCAGCGGUGCAUUGGUCCGUUACGAUGACGACCUCCUGUCCGAGGCGAGCGCACACAUCAGCCCCGGCAAAGAUAUCGUCACUAUUGUGUGCGAAACCAUGGACUACUAUAUGCAAGAUGAGUUGGCCAUGGCUGAGGAUAGUGCCGUGAGCGUGCUCAUAGCAUGUGUCAAGUUCUUGCAUGCUGUUCUCCAAGUCCAGCCCAGCCGGGUCUGGUCGUACCUCGCCAGGACAGAGCUUCUCAACUCAGAGUCAAAGGCUGGUAAACUCACCAAGAUAACCGGCAGUCUCGAGCUGGUCUCGGAGCGAUUCGAGUUCCUCAAGUCUUCACUCUCGCUGUUCUCCGCACUCAUUGACACUGUCAUGUCCUCUGCUGUCCAGCGUCGGGCCGGAAGCAAACCUGCGAGUCGACAGCAGCCGGAGACGAAUCCUUGGCUUGGCACUGCAGACAAGGUGCUCUCCCAGGUCAGCCUUUCGAUUGCACAGACCUCUGUGGAUGUGUUUGAGAACACGUCAACAUGGAUGUUUGACUCGGAAAGCAGUAGAAUAGCGCUGCUGCAGAGAGUCGUCCCCAUUCUUGACAAGAUUGUGCUCUACACCUACAGCAUGGGCGAUUCCCCCAGUUCUGACAACCUCACAUCCUGUCUUCGACCCGCUGCUUCUCACAUCAUUGACUGCUUUCUGUCGCCAUCGAGCGGAAGCCUGCGGUUUCAACCUAUCCUCCUCUCCUUUAUCUCUGCCCUCACAAAAUCAGACUCUACCUUGUAUCCCAAUCGGACGGAAGCUGUUCGAAGCCAGAUAACGUCAGUGUUCGACUUUUCCACAACUCUUCUUCGGGUCGCGAAAUACCUGGAGCGACCCUCGACUUUGGUCGAGACAUACCUCUUCAAGACCUCCACGUUAUCAGCGCGGCUCUGCGCUGUGUCGGAUCACUUCCACGAACCAGCGUUGUCGCUGCUGGAGGCACUGGUCGUCAAUGCCGGCCAGUCCACCAGCGAACCCCCCUCCCUUUUGGGAUACCUCGGCCCUCAUAUUUCGAAAUCCUUCCUCCACAUUCUGGCUGCCAUUGGCCAGCCCUUUGCCUUGCCGAGUGAAGUGAAGACCACCUGGAGGUUCUUCACGUCUAUUCUAAAGAACCGACAACAAUGGAUGUCCAAUUGCCUUCUCACAGGUCAAACGCCGCGGGAGGCUAUGAAGGAGGAUGCCAAGAAGAGUGAAAUGUCCGCAGAUUCUGUCUUCGCAACGGCCUUGUCUAAGCUCAAGAACUUGAAAAGCUUGGAGACGGGAGAGGCCCUUGUCAUUUUGGACUUUGUCACAUCGGCACAGAACUACUGGCCUUGGACGGUGUUCACUCUUCAGAAAGACACGUCCUACAUGGACGGGUUGCGAGCCUAUGUUCGUGACCUGAAGCCCUCUCAUCAAACUGUCAAAUCGGAUGCAGUACUUGCUGCCGCCCAGGCAAGAAUUGCUGCGUACAUUGCAGAGAUAUUUGCCAUGCAGCUCUACCAUUCGCGGCACCUCGGCAAGGCGGACACGCUUGCCAAGGGACUGAGUAACGAUCUGGACUACUACCUGCGUGACGGUGUUGAGGUGUCAAGCUACAACAAGUCUCUCCACAACAACUUCGCAAGGAACUUCUCCAAUAAAUUCUUCGGCUGCUCUUUGGACAACUUCAAGCGCACCGUGGUGGGCCCAAGGGAGCUGGGCGAGAACUAUUACUACGACCUGGACCGCGCCAAUGAAAUAUUACGAUUCGACCCUGGAUGGCAAGGGAAGAAGGGGGCUGGGUUCCUGAACGAGAUGAAGCUCGCAAACGCCAACCUGUCCCUGGUCGACGCCCAAAUCGCUCUCUUCCACGCAUGGGAGCUUUUGCUGCUUGAAUUGGGCGAAUGCUUCCCCGAGAGUGACGCAACCAAAAAGCACAUGAUGCAAGUUGCCCAGCAGUGCCUGAAUGCCAACCAGGUGGUCCCUGGACCGGAGAACAUCUUCCUCAAAAUAGUCGACGCAAGAGCCGACCUGGCCCUCAUUCUGAUUCAGCGAUUAGUCAAGUCCACGCUUGCUGUCAAGGAUGUCAACCAGCUACUGGAGACUUUGAUGGGCACCAUCAACAGUGUUGAAGAGCCCUUUGAACCCGAGUCCAUUUCUUACUACCGCACGCUUCUCAAGGCCCUAGGCUUUCGAUCGUUGGUCAGCUUGAUUCAUGACAAGGCGACAGAUGUCUUCCCCGAGGAUCUUGCUCUCCUCACAGCCAUCAUGCAAGCUUGCCUCAGCGUCCCCAACAUUGAACAGUCUCAGACACAAAUUCUCAACAUCAUGGCGUCGCAUGACGCUACGCACGCAGCGACAUCGUUGUACUCGUGGGCUGAUAAGCUCGGGGACCAUGGCGAUCCCGUGUAUGGCGAACUCAGCAUCUUGUUCUUGCUGGAGCUCUCCACCCUGCCCUUGUUGUCGGAGCAGCUUGCGUGUGACGGGGUGCUCGGCGCAAUUCUGUCAGCCAAUCUCACCAAGUUUAUGCUCAGGACCAACGUCUCGCCAUAUGCCGAUGCGCCCAUUGCACAACGGUGCUAUGGGAUCUGGGUGAAGGGCAUGCUUCCCCUCAUGCUGAAUCUGCUUACCUCCCUCGGGGCUACAGUUGCUCCGGAGAUUACCUAUGUUCUGAACCAAUUCCCUCACCUGCUGCAAGCGAGCGUGGAGCGGUUUGAAGCACCCGGAGCCAGCCGAACCAAGGAAAAGUCUGUGCAAUACCUGACUCUCCUUGGCACCUCGGAGAUUCACUCUUUGGCACUUCUGACGCGCGUGCUUGCGGCUCUUCGAGCGAACAAUAGCAGAGAUAUUCCCCCGGUCGAGUGGGACGAGACGGGUCUUCUGGAGAACGUAGACUACUGGCUCUCCAGCAGACGUCUGUUGAAGGAGCGGCUUCUACCUCUGGGACUGCGCGAGAUGGAAUGGAGGGGAAGAAAACUGACGGGGGAUUGUGACAACUUGCUGGAGGAGAAGGUGGUGGUGCAGCUGGAGACGGUUCGCGACGUGCUCAGCGAGGAAUUCGAGGGCUGA